CCUGCUGGCUGUGAGCGCAGCACCCCAGCCAAGCGUGCUGGCUCGCAGGAAGGUCCGGGGUAGCCCCGUUGGCACGGGGAGGGUGGAGCGGAGUUCCCCAGGCUUGGGAAGGCAGAGGGGUGAUGCCUGUCUGCACCCCUCCAGGCCCUGUGCACCGCAGCGCCGUGACGCUGUUCUGCGAGACCCCCCCGGACCUGAGGAGCAUCCUAUUGCGCAGCUACAGCCAGCUGCUGGGCCAGAAAGGCUGGGGCGCCACGCAGGAGCCAGGCCUGGCGCUGCUGGUGCUGCACGCAGUGCUGCUGCACAGGCAGCACUAUGGCAGUCUGGCGCAGGCCCGGCCCUACCCCUGGAGCGAGGCGGAGCUGUUCACGGGCCUGAGGGUCCAGCGGCGGCUGGCAAAGCUGGUGUCUGACCCUGCAGAGGGCAUGCAGGAGCUAGCAGGUAAGGGGGCUGGCCAGAGCACCGCCAACCUGGAGCCAAGGCCCCGGCCACUGCUCCGCUUCCUGCUGGAGGAGUGUGGCAGCUUCCUGGCCCUGCUGCAGCAGCCAGCGGUGCUCUACCAUCUCGCUGCCUUCCAGCACCCCCAGCGCCUCCUGCAGACACUGCUCCAGGAAGCAGCCCGGGCCGAGAAGCAGGACCUGGACCACUACCAGCUGGACCAGCAGGUGCUGCCCAGCGCGCUGCCACCCAGCUCCCCGCCCAAGAACGGGCUCUACCUGACGGGCCUAGAGCUGCACAGCGCCCUGUGGGACACGCGCACAGCCCUGCUCCAGGAGACCCUCUCGGCCCAGCCCUGCCUGCUGCCGCCCGUCUGGGUGCAAGCCGUGCGGGAGCCCUCGCGUAUGCCCCUGGCCCUGUGUGCUCAGCGCCGGGUGCACAUUGUCAGCACGCUGCCCGGCCUGGACUAG